ACGAGAUCAGAUAGUUUUCGGCGCUCAGUUCGAGAUGGAGUCCUUCAAGCUCGCCACAAUUUUCGUCGCCGUUUUCGUUGGUCUCCUCGUUCGAAACGUGUCCUCGGAAGGGGCGCAUUCUUACCAGCAUUUCCACGGCCCCGUAGAAGGCCACGAUCGUGUGGUCCAGUACUUGGACAAGCACGGUCAUCACCGUACGGACUACCUCGGUCAUCCGAAGUACUCGUUCGCCUACGGAGUCGAGGAUCAUCACACCGGUGAUUUUCACGGACAAAAAGAGCAGAGAGACGGAGACGAGGUUGUCGGUGAAUAUUCGCUAAAGGAACCGAGCGGUAACGUACGCACCGUAAAGUACCACGCAGAUAAGGACGGCUUUCACGCCGUGGUCCACAACACCGGUGGAAAUGACCACUCCGGCGCCUACGCGCACGGCUAUUAGAGUCGGGCCAACGCCUCGUUAAGCGGCCGUGUAUACUCCAAGUUGUUGAUUGUUACCGUACGACAUGAUGUUAAUUAAUAAACCAAGUGUUUCAUAAAUUUA